AUGACUGACGAGACGAGAGAAGCCAAAGGACCACCAAACGGUCGGAGCAAGGAGCACAAAAUCAUCGAGAACAAGCCUGCGAAGGGUGACAAGCUUGGCUUGACAUAUUACACACCUGCUCAAGACCCUCCAGCCGGUACCGCGUUGAGUUCUAAUCCACCAAAGCUCUUCCAACCACUCACGAUACGUGGGGUCACCUUCCAGAACCGCAUUUUCCUAAGUCCGCUUUGCCAGUACUCAAGCGAAAAUGGUCACCACACUGCUUGGCAGAUGACCCAUCUCGGAGGCAUCAUCCAGAGAGGUCCCGGCAUGACAAUGGUUGAAGCCACAUCUGUGACACCGCAGGGUCGCAUCACGCCAGAAGAUUCGGGUCUAUGGCUCGACUCACAGAAGGAGCCACUUCGCAAGAUCGUCGAGUUUGCACACUCACAGAGUCAGAUAAUCGGAAUUCAGCUUGGACACGCCGGCCGGAAAGGUAGCACCGUUGCACCUUGGCUGUCCUCUGGAGACACAGCAUUCGAGGAGGUCAACGGCUGGCCAGACGAUGUGUGGGCACCAUCUGCGACCGCAUACAACGACAAGCAUCCCAUGCCCAAAGCCUACACACUCGAGGGGAUCGAAGAGCUCAAGAAAGCAUUCGGUGAUGCGAUAAAGCGUGCUGUCGAUGUCGGUUUCGAUCUCAUCGAGCUCCACUUCGCACACGGCUACUUGCUCCACGAAUUCCUUUCACCUGUGACAAACAAGCGGACCGACAAGUAUGGCGGCAGUUUUGAGAAUCGGACUCGCCUUGGUGUCGAGCUCGUGGAUCUGGCUCGAUCGAUCAUCCCCAAGGAUAUGCCUUUGUUCGUCCGCAUCAGUGCUACCGACUGGCUCGAGAAGGUGGACGAGGUUGAGGCAUCAUGGACGCAAGAGCAGAGUGCUAAGCUCGCCCUCAUUCUCGCCGAGCACGGCGUUGAUCUGCUUGACGUCUCCACUGGUGGUCUCGAUCCGCGCGCUAAGAUGGACAGUGGACCAGCCUACCAGGCUCGGUUUGCGAAGUUCAUCAAGAAGGAAGUGGGAGACAAGUUGCUCGUGACGACUGUUGGUGCGAUCAAGGACGGAAAGAUCGCCCAGCAGCAACUCGACGAGGGACUCGACGCUGUAUUCAGUGGUAGAUGGUUCCAGAAGGAUCCCGAUCUAGUCUGGACUUUUGCAGAGGACUUGGGCGUCGAUAUUAAUGUCGCCAACCAGAUCCGAUGGGCAUUCGGUGGUCGUGGUGUUGGUGGGCCUCGGAAAAAGUAG